UCUUUACUAUAUCAAUUCGCCUCUCCCGACCUCAACCCUAACCCUCGAAGUGGUGCGCCGUCCGUUCUCUGUUCUUCUUCGAGUCUCCGGCGUUCGUCGGUUCCGACCCUUCAACUCCAGCAAACAAAAUGGCGGCCGAUGAUGCGGUUGUUGAAUCUGCUCCAGUCCUUGGUGAACCAAUGGAUCUGAUGACUGCUCUGCAGCUCGUGAUGAAGAAAUCUUUGGCCCAUGAUGGACUUAUCAGAGGUCUUCGUGAGGCUGCUAAGGCAAUUGAGAAACAUGCUGCACUUCUUUGCAUUCUGGCAGAGGAUUGCAACCAGGCUGACUAUGCCAAGCUGGUCAAGGCACUGUGUGCUGAGCACAACGUGCACUUGGUGACCGUACCAAGUGCUAAAUCCCUUGGCGAGUGGGCUGGGCUUUGCAAGAUUGAUUCAGAGGGUAAGGCAAGGAAAGUGGUGGGUUGCUCUUGUGUUGUCCUCAGGGAUUACGGUGAGGAGUCGGAGGGCCUUCACGUAGUUCAGGAAUAUGUCAAGUCACACUGAGCCUGGAUGUUUUUUAUUUUGUUUCCAUUAAGGCAUCGUAAGAACUUUCUGUUAUGACCAUUCAAAUAGAUGGCAUUUUGAAGUUUGAAAAUUUUUCUACUUAUUCUCAUCAAACAAAAUUAUCUCCAUCUCCUUCUGGAAUUCUGUGAUAGCAAAUGAAGUUGCCUCUUGUCAUUA